CCGCUAGGCCAGGAAAGCAGCAGCAGCGCUCGCUCGCUGGGCGCACGGUGAGAGGUCCGAGCCAAGCGUAGACGCAGGGGGGGUAUUUCCCUUGGCAUGCUCCCCGUAGCCGUAGCGGCAGCUCCCGCGACUGUCGAAAUUCGUCGCCGCUGCGGUGUCGUUGCGCCGAGUGCCGAUGUCGUGCGGCCACCGUGGACCAUUUGUGAGCGGUAGGGCGUGACGAGCGAGAGCGGCGGUUGAAGGAGCGUGUGUGUGUGUGCGCGUGGUGGUGGUGGUGCCGCUGCACGGUCGCGGUGCAAGUGCAGUUCAAGCAGCAGCCUGCGCCGCUGACCCUCCGCUGUCGUUACUUCCCGAGUGUGACGACUCGCGUGCUUGCUACUGCUCGCUUUGCGAGUGAGAACCGUCGUGCCGCUGUGUUGUGUGGUGCGUCGACUUGACGGACGCGCUUCGGGCCCGCUCCAAGCAGCAACCUCAAGCGUUCGCGGCCGCGUGUUUUAUUUUUUUUUUUUUCUUACGGCACCUUGGCCGGUGUGAAGGAGGAAUCCUUCCUUUUGUGCUUACUGCAUUCGUCGAAGCCCGCUCGUUCCCGUCGGUGGCGUUUCUCCCUUCGGUGGCACGAUGACGAAAUGACAAGACGAGACGGAUACUGAAGCAAGUCGCCGGUGCCGCGGUACCCUGGCACACCAAGCCGCGCCGGUUUGAGCGAAGAGCCCAUACAGGUCCCCCUGUGUGAGAGGUACCUAUAUAGGACCCGUAUUGGCCCUGAAAUGUUGUGGAGAGGGACCCGUUUCAGCUCUGAAACGUCAGAUUCAAUGUGCUAUAUUAUUCGGGGUCCGUCGUCCAAGCGGCGGCUCUUCACCAGUGGGAAGAUGGGUGCCUUCCUGGACAAGCCCAAGGUGGAGAAGCACACAGAGGGGGGCCAAGGCAAUGGACUGCGAUACGCUCUGGCCAGCAUGCAGGGCUGGCGCGUCGAGAUGGAGGACGCCCACUGCGCCAUGGUGGGCCUGCCCUGCGGCCUGGACCGCUGGAGCUUCUUUGCAGUCUUCGACGGGCACGCGGGCGCCCGUGUGUCGGCCCACUGCGCCCAGAACCUGCUGGAUGCCAUCAUCCAGACGGAUGAGUUUGCCCAGACCGUGGCCUCCACCUCAGACGUUGGAGAGGGCGGGGAGGAGCUGGCGGAGCGGGUGGCCACCGGCAUCCGCCGGGGCUUUCUCUGCCUCGAUGACCAGAUGCGCGCUUUACCCGAGGUGGCCUCGGGGGAGGACAAGAGCGGCUCGACGGCCGUCUGUGCUCUCAUCUCGCCCAGCCACGUCUACUUCGCCAACUGUGGUGACUCGCGCGCCCUCCUGUGCCGGAACGGCCAACCGGCCUUCACGACCCGUGACCACAAGCCAAUCAAUCCCGGGGAGAAGGAGCGCAUCCAACGGGCUGGCGGGUCUGUUAUGAUUCAGCGGGUCAAUGGCUCCUUGGCGGUCUCGCGAGCCUUGGGAGACUUUGAGUACAAACAGGUGGCUGGAAGGGGCCCCUGCGAGCAGUUGGUGUCACCAGAGCCUGAAGUGACGGUACAGGCGCGGGACACGUCGUCAGAUGAGUUCCUGGUGCUCGCGUGCGACGGCAUCUGGGACGUGAUGAGCAACGAAGAGCUGUGCCACUUUGUACACCACCAGCUCUGCAUCUCGCACAACCUUGAAGAGCUCUGCGCUGCCGUCAUUGACAUCUGCCUCUACCGGGGGAGUAAGGACAACAUGAGCAUUGUCCUUGUGCUGUUUCCCGGUGCUCCAUCGGUGAGUGACGAGGCACUGCAACAUGACCGCGAACUGAAUCAGCUCAUUGAGAAGAGGAUCACAGAGAUAGUUUCGGAGGGCUCUGACGCAGAGCUGAACAACAUCAUCCAGGCACUUGCUGAGGAAGACCUGCCCGGCCUCCCUCCCGGUGGAGGAAUUCUCGCCAAGAGGAGUUUCAUCGAGGAAGUGUACAGCAAGUUAAAACCCCCGUCCACGUCAUCAGAGUCGGUGAAGAGCCAGUCACAGGAUUGUGAACAAGCAGAGGAAGCAGCAAACCAUUGAGAGGAAUGGAUGCUUUCGUCAACACAAAACGGAGCGUCGCUAUGAAGUGUCCUCCAUCGCAUCACCUUUUUUUUUCCCCCGUGAAAAUGUGGCUGCCGAUUACGACCGUCAGGGACUGCUUGGCAGCAACGGCAACCAUAAGCAAACCAACCGCUCACGAACGGCUGCCAGCAACAAAUCGAAGGAAAGCAGGAGAGACGUCGGAAGACUUUGCUUGGCUGCGGACUGGUAGUUGUUGAUGGCCAUCAGCGCCAUCAAGCAACCUUCGCAGAGCGGUAAUUGGGAGAGAAAUGGCGGCUAGCCACCGACCGACUGGCUGACUGACCGGUGUCAACUUGUGUAGUGUGUGCGUGUGCGUGGCAGGUGUUGACACAUCGGCAUCCCCUCCCCUUUUUCCCUUCCUUACUUUGCAUAGUCUACUACCGCCUUAGGUUUUUCCAUUCAUUUGUUUUCAGCAAAGAACUUUAUUUUUCCGCCCUUUGUAAGAUGCAAACACGCAGACUGCACAUCACUCACUCAUUCAUUCUCACUCACUCAAAUCACCCUUGACAGGCGACGCAACGUGCAUCGUCGACUAACGCAGAUGCACUCACACAGGAAAACAAUACAUGAAGAGAAGGGUCAUGUAGGUUCGUUUUAGUGCAACGCAGCCCACUUCGCCCUUUUUCGUCUGUUUUUCUUAUUCUUUUUUUUUUUCCACAUUACGUCGACGUGAUUUCCCUUUGCGCAUUACCUCCCUCUCCCGUUCCUCUGCUGCCUUUCCGUCUACCCUAGCAUACCAUCGUCUCCACGAUUUUCACAUCAUCCCCAGUGUUGUACAAUGACCGUUGUUACAAUUACCAUUACAAUGAUUAUUAUAUUAUUGUCGUCGUCGGAAUCGUGAACGAGGGCCGUGGUGACUUUUUUUCUUUCCUUCCUCAAAGUUUCCUUUAUAAACGCGCAGCAGGGACGCAGAAGAAUAGUGGCGGUGUGCGUGACUUUGUGUGUGUGUUGUGUGUGCACGUGCUGCACGUAAUUGGUAGCAAGAGAGCAACCAAAUGUCGGGGCUGAAUCCUGUCUUUCUUGUUUGAGUGUUGUUGUUUCUUUUUAAGGAUUUCGUCGAGCAGUGAUUUUAUGCCUACCCCAUUUUUUUUCUUUCGUGUUUAUCUUUCUCCUCCUCCCCAAGUUUUUUUUUUUCUUUUUUAUCCUUAUUAUAUCUCGGCGUUGUUAGGUUUUUCUCAGCGUUGACGGGUAUUUCGCCACGGCUCAGCAGGAGACAAGCACAAGGACAAUAAUAAAAGAAAAAAAAAUCCCUGAA